AUGCCUUGCGGUUAUGUCGCGAAAAGAGCAUCCGAAAUAACAGGUGUUGAGAUCCUCUGUAAUAGCGGAACAAGGCAAAUGACAAAACACGGAAAGGCGGUCAAUGCAGUAGGACUUGGAGAAAGUUUAGAACUGCUUAUAACAUGGAUUGAGAGCAUUGGAGAUAAACCGAAGGUACUAAUAGCCCACAAUGGAAAGAACUUUGAUAUGCAAAUCUUACUAAGAAAUGUCAGGAAGUGUGGCCUAGAAGAUGACUUUUGUAAAGCAGUGGCAGGUUUUAGUGACAGUUACAUUUUACUCCGGACAGAAAGAAAAGAUAUUAAACAGUAUAAACUUACGUCAUUGUACUCGGAGUUCGUGCAGGAGACAUAUUGUGCCCACAGUGCAGCCGAAGAUGCACUCGCACUCUUGAAAGUGUAUCGAGCGGCAAGGAUUGAUCGAAAAGCAACACUAAAGUAUUCAAUUAAAGUAGAAGAUGCAUUUAUGUACACAAAUGAUGUUGCAGAGAAUCGAAACUCAGUUAGAAAUUUGCAGCGUCAGCUGAUAUAUGAUGGAAAAAAUGUCAUAUCAAACAAUAUCGCCAAAAAGAUUUGUUCCAGCGGAUUGAACUAUAAAGCUCUAGAAGUAGCGUUUCAGAGAAAUAAUACGGAUGGAUUAAAACUUUUUAUUAAGUGA